AUGCAGUCCUCAUACGCAACGAGAGAAGCCGGGUUGCCGAGCCUUAGCUUCGAUUGCGUGUCCCAUCAGCAGCUGUCAGUUGUUAAGAGCGUCGCAGCAAUUAGCGCAAACGCCUGCGGCCUGUCGGACGUGCCGCACAUAGAGAGCCUGCAGGAGAAGUCGCAGUGCGCUUUAGAGGAGUACUGCCGCAGCCAGUACCCCAACCAGCCGACGAGGUUCGGGAAGCUGCUGCUGCGGCUGCCGUCGCUGCGCACGGUCAGCUCGCAGGUGAUAGAGCAGCUGUUCUUCGUCCGCCUAGUCGGGAAGACGCCCAUAGAGACGCUGAUAAGGGACAUGCUGCUCUCGGGCAGCUCCUUCUCGUGGCCCUACAUGGCGACCAUCCAGCGCUUCGACCCGCAGAGGUACCGGCAAGAGGCGCCCGAGGACGCGGUGACGUCAUCCAGCGAGCCCCACGAGGCCCCGGAGGACCUCUUCGGCAGAGGCCGCGAGAGGUCCGACCCCGCGUCGUUCUACGCGCCGUACGAAGCGGCCCCGCUGCCGGACCCUAAGGGCCAGAAGACCUCCAUGACGAUCGACAGUCUCCUGAAUCUGAGGGGCCGCGACCCCUGCUCCCAGCUGGACAUUAAG